CAUAAAAAAAUAAAAAAAAAAAAUGAUAUUGAGAAUAUCAAAUAUUAUUUAAAGAUUGUUUCUUUUGAUACUAUUAAUUUGGAGUAAGAUAAGAACUAGGUUUGAAAGUGAGGAUCAUUGAAGGCAGAGAAGGGUAGUAACAAGAAUUGAGCAAAAUGGAGGUGGGGUUUCUUGGUUUGGGAAUAAUGGGAAAAGCCAUUUCUAUGAAUCUGCUUCAACAUGGGUUCAAAGUUACUGUAUGGAACAGGACUUUGUCCAAGUGUAAUGAACUUGUGGCACAUGGGGCGACGAUUGGAGAAAGUCCGGCUGAAGUAGUUAAGAAGUGCAAGAUUACUAUUGGGAUGUUGGCUGAUCCUCCUGCUGCACUCUCGGUUGUUUUCGACAAAGGGGGUAUUUUGGAGCAAAUUUGCCCCGGGAAAGGUUACAUUGACAUGUCAACAGUUGAUCCUGAAACUUCAACAAAGAUCAGCCAGGCAAUUUCAGCAAAGGGUGGUCACUUCCUUGAGGCUCCAGUUUCAGGUAGCAAACAGCCUGCAGAAACUGGUCAACUAGUAAUCCUUUCAGCUGGGGAGAAGGAACUGUAUGAUGAAGCAAUUCCAGCUCUGAAUGUAAUAGGAAAGAAGUCUUUCUUCUUGGGGGAGAUUGGAAAUGGAGCGAAAAUGAAACUUGUUGUCAACAUGAUAAUGGGCUGUAUGAUGAAUGCAUUUUCUGAAGGGCUCGUACUGUCAGAAAAGAGUGGACUAGACCCUCGCACUUUACUUGAAGUACUGGAUCUUGGUGGUAUUGCCAAUCCUAUGUUCAGGGGGAAAGGGCCGGGUAUGCUUCAGGGCAAUCACUCCCCUGCCUUUCCUCUUAAACAUCAGCAGAAGGACAUAAGACUUGCUCUCGCUCUUGGGGAUGAAAAUGCUGUAUCGAUGCCAGUAGCAGCAGCUGCUAACGAGACUUACAAAACGGCCAGAAGCUUGGGAUUGGGAGACCUUGACUUUUCAGCUGUUUUUGAGGCCGUCAAGGGUCUUAAGUGAUCACCUGCUUAAUAACUUAAAAGUUAUUGCUUCUAAUGUAAGGUGGCUCAGAGCUUCAUCAGCUAUGGCGGCUGUGAUCAUUGUGAUAUAAUAAUUUCAUGUAAUAUGUUCUUGUUGGAUUACUAGUGGACUGUUCCGUCGUGUGUCAGUUUCCUUAUUCUGUGGUCAUGUAACGAACUUAUUUGAUAAAUGAGAAGUUUUAAUCCAAGAUAAAAUUAUAAAA